AUGGUUAGGCCAGUACCUUCCAGUUUUGGCUUUAGUGUCGUCGCAAAGGCCGAGAGACUUCUGCUGCAAGCAAGGAUUAAUAAUUGCCGUGACGACAUCCGGAAACUUGAGAAUGAAGCGUUUUUUGCUCGGCGUCACCUCGAGUUCCACUGCCCGGACCACUUUGUUAGCAUCCAGCUUUACGCCAAUCACCAGGCCAAGUUACGUUCCCUCGAAGCCGAGGAUGCGCAUGAAGUCAAGCUUGCCCGACUUUCGGGAUCAACCAAGCCGCGUCGCCCUGAAGGCUCGACAGUGACGGUACACAACCUUUCUACGUACAGACUGGAUCCUGCCGAGUCCUCUGUUCUCGAGCUUGGCUUGAACUUCAAUACUGGACCAGCGUCGGACGUUAGAAGGGUGAUCUGUGCUGCUGAAAACGCUGUCAACCAAGUUCAUCAGUCUCACCGGGAUGAAGCCCGUACCCGCGUUGUCGGGGUGCUGUCUCGGUUGCGCCAAAGGAAGUUUCCUUCCCCUCUUUCCGCUGAUGAGCGCGGCGCUAUAAAACGGCUUCGGGAAAACGGUGAAAUCGUCAUCCUCCCAGCUGACAAGGGAAAUGCCACGGUAGUCCUGGAUACUGCCGUCUACAAACGAAAGAUGCUGGAUUUACUUGAAGACCAGGAUACAUACAUACGGCUCACACGUGACCCUACGUUGAAGGUACAGAAGGAACUACAGAAGCUCCUUUCGGACGUCUUUCGUUUUGUUCCGCCUGAGCACAAAGGCCUUUAUUACUCGCUUCUCUGUCACAACGGCUCGGCCCCUGCUCUGUAUGGCCUGCCGAAAAUUCACAAACCGGAUGUUCCUCUUCGGCCCAUAGUUGACUUCACCCGUUCUCCCCUGCACAAGCUAUCCGGCUACCUUCAUAGAAUGCUAUCACCCCUAGUUGGACAAGGCAACACUCACGUGCGCAACUCCGCCCAUUUCGUUGAAAAAAUCGGCUCCUUGGUCUUUGAUGAAGACGAGGUGAUGGUUUCGUUUGGCGUGGUCUCCUUGUUCACUUCCAUUCCCACUGAUCUCGCCGUUGAGUCGUGUGCUGCGGCUCUUGAAGCUGAUCCGCAUCUUGCCGAAAGGUCUCCCUUCGAUGUCCCGGAUUUGAGAAAGCUUCUCAGCUUUUGCCUUGCCAACACCUACUUCAGCUUCGACAAGGUCUUCUACAAGCAAGUUCACGGAGCACCUAUGGGUGCCUCUGUCUCGGUGACUGCUGCGAACCUAACCAUGGAAUGGCUGGAAAAUCGGGCUCUCGCUUCUUUCAGCCCAUCUCCAAGAAUUUUCCUUCGCUAUGUUGAUGAUUGUUUUUGUGUCAUCGAGCGCUCUGCUUUAGAAGCAUUCACGGCACACCUCAACAAUCAAUCUACCGCCAUUCAGUUCACCGUAGAAAUGGAGGCUAACCAGAGGCUACCCUUUUUGGACGUUCUUGUUAAAAGGACCAAUGGAGCGCUAUCUUUCUCUGUCUACCGAAAAGGCACGCACACUGGCAGGUACCUGAACUUCAAGUCUGUUCACCCUGACACUCAUAAGAGGUCAGUGGUUGCCUCCUUGUUAGGCCGUGCAAAUCGCCUUUGCACGAAUCCCGAAGACCUGAACGCCGAUGUAAAGAUGGUUCGGGAGGAUCUUUCGACGUGCGGUUACCGCCAGCGUUUGUUAAUGCGGUGGAACAUCGCAUGUCUGCUCCCUCACAGCCUGCCAGUGUCCGACAGAGAAAACGCGCAGCUGUUCCUUAUGUGCCCGGAAUAA